CGUUGCUUUUCUGUGGGGCGGUCAACUUCCUUCUGUGAUAACGCAUGAUUCAUGCGUCAUUUUGUACAUUCCAAUUAACUGUUUAAAAUUUUUUGAAAGAUGGGUUUGUUACCAUUGGAAUAUACAGACUGUUUGACAGAUACUCCGCAUUAUCGUGAAAAUUUAAGAGCUCACGAGAAGGAAUUAGAAAGGACAAGUCAAGCAAUCAAGGGGUUAAUCAAAGAGGUCAAUAAUCUUUUAGUAGCAGCAAAAGCAUUAUCAAAAGCACAGCGUGGUUUAGCAUCAAAUUUAAUGAAUUUUAGAUUUGAUUGCAUUGGUUCAAGUCAGACGGAUGAUGAAAUAAUCAUUGCUGGUUCACUAAAAGAAUUUGGACGUUUAUUGUGUGUUAUUGAAGAUGAAAGAGAACGGAUGUUGGAUCGGGCUCAAGCAACUUUGAUUGACCCUAUUGAUAAUUUUAGAAAAGGAAAUAUUGGUGCUGCAAAGGAAGGGAAAAAAAAGUUUGAAAAAGAAACCACUAGGUUCUGUCAAUCCUUGGAACGACAUUUGAAUCUCUCUACAAAGAAAAGUGAAAAUCAUUUGCUGGAGGCUGAUGCCUCAUUAGAAAUGGAGCAAAGACAUUUCUUUCAAGCAUCUCUUGAAUAUGCUUCACUGUUGACAAAUAUUCAAGAAAAGAAGAAAUUUGAAUUUGUUGAAACGAUACUGAGUUUUAUGGUUGGGUUAAUGACUUUUUAUCAUCAAGGGUAUGAAGUAGCCAAUGAAUUUAAAACGUUUAUGAACGAUUUGCAAAGAAGGUUACAAAGGACAAGGGAAAAUUUUGAAGCUACUUACAAUGAAGCUGAACAACUUAAACAAAAAACAUUAGAAAAAGCCCAGGAUCCUGGUACAUUAAAUAAAAUGUAUACAAGACAGGGUUAUUUGUUCUUAAUGGAAAAGAAACCUUUGACAACCACAUGGACUAAGCAUUUCUGUCAGUAUCAAAAGUAUCAAAAGAAAUUCUCUAUGAUGCCAUAUUCCCAAACAGUAGGGAAAAUUAUGAAUGGUGAAACUGUUACAGUCAAAGAGUGCAUUGGGCGACAAUGUGACUCAAUUGAUAAAAGAUUCUGCUUUGAUGUAAUUGCUGAAGAUAAACCGAUUCCCUACACAUUUCAAGCUUUAUCAGAUGAGGAUAGAAAGUUAUGGCUUGAUGCCAUGGAUGGUAAAGAGCCUACUGCAAACUUAGCUGGCAAGAAUUUAAAAAAAGAUGGAUUUUCUCUAGAUGAAGCUGGUUUCACUUUUGUUAAGUGGUGCAUCAAUUUUAUAGAAACUAAAGGCCUUACAGAUCAAGGCUUGUAUAGACUUGUUGGUGUAAAUUCUAAGGUUGCUAAAUUAACUCAAAUGGCUUUAGAGCAUAGAGGAACAAAUUUAUCCUCAUUAGAUGAAGAAGAUUUUGAACUAAAGACUGUUACUAGUGCAUUGAAGAACUUUUUUAGAAACCUUCCUGAGCCAUUGCUUACAUUUAGGCUACAUGGUGCAUUUAUCGCUGCUGCCAAACAAGAAAAUAAGGCCCUUAGAAUAAAUAAUAUACAUUCACUAGUGCAUUCACUGUCGAAACCUAACUUUCAAAUGCUAGAAUUAUUAAUACGACAUCUCUUCAAGAUUGCGAAACUGUCUAGUAAGAACUUGAUGACUAUUUCAAAUUUGGGUAUCUGCUUUGGCCCAACAUUAUUACGCCCUGAAGAAGAAACUGUAGCUGCAAUUAUGGAUAUUAAAUUUGGAAACAUUGUUGUAGAAAUUCUUAUCGAAAAUCAUGAAAAAAUAUUCAUGUCUACACCAGAAGUUGAUGCUUUGAGACGUCAACCUCCACCUUAUGUUCCUCCUCCUCAACCCCUGCAUAAAGAUGAUCAUCAAUCUCCACCACUUAAGCAUGCCAAGUCUCCUUCUAGAUCAUCUAUGAUUGAAAACUAUGGUGUUCGAAAUAAUCAAAAUGCAUCUAGUUAUUCCCUUAACUCUUGUACAUCAAACUAUUCACAACCUGUUACUUCAUCUUCUGAACAAAAAGUUAGAUCUGGUAUUGCAAUGUUUAACCCCAUGUGGAAUAAUGGAUUGCCCUCUUGCAACAGUACAGAAUCCCUCUCAUCACGUUUGGGUCCACCUCCUAGACCACCAUUGCCUGAGCACAAAGAUUAUGCUUAUCCUACCACAUGGGCUACAGAACCAGGGUCCCAUAGAUCACCUGCUGGCCCUGAUAAGAAUUGCCAAAAUUAUUUCCUGCCAGAUGAACAUAAAACAACUUCCCCGGUAUCUCAUUCAAGUGCAAUUACUAUAUCUGGAAGAAAAGUGAGAACAUUAUUUGCUUGUCGGGGAGAAAAUGAUAUGGAAUUGUCUUUUGAGCCGAAUGAAAUAAUAUACAACGUAAUUCCAUCACAAGAACCUGGAUGGAUUCGUGGAACUUUAAAAGGAAAAACAGGGCUUGUUCCAGAGAACUAUGUUGAAUAUUUUUCAUGAUGAUUUCAACUCUGAUCAAAUGUUCCAGACAAGGUUGUGUUCCUUACCAUGGGAAAUGUCUUACAUAAUUGUGGUCAACAUCAUUCCUUUAUUAUUGCUCACAGCUCUUCAUCAAAUACUGUUCUAUCAACUCAGGACCAGUUCACAGCUUCACUUUAUUUUUGCAUAUCUUUUCUGAGAUAUAGAUCCAGAACAAAGUCCUCUAAGAAUUAUUUUUAUGUAUAUUGUAAAUAAGUUUUAUAUGUAUUUUAAAGUAUAUUAAAGUAUUUAACUGU